AUGUCCGACGAGGACGGCUACCAGUCCUACUGCACCAUCUGCUGCAGAGUUUUCUGCCCUUCCCACCGAGCAGGAACAAAGCCCCAGCAGCGAGCCGAGCUACAGCUCCCGGCUGCGGGCUCCAGAGCGCCCCGGGGCCGGUUCCUCUGCGCGCUGGCUCCCGGGGCCCAGCCCGUCUGCCGGGCCCACCGCUUCCCGCCCCGGCCCGCUGCCCGGCGCGGGGACCGACCGACCCCCGCCCCGCCGGGCAGCCGCCUCCCCCGGCCCGGCCCGGCCCGGCCCGGCCCCUGCGCCCUCCCGUGCGCCCAGGGCGCGCCGCGCUGGUCCUGCGCCGCCAUUCGGGGCGCGUCGCGGCUGGGAGCGGAGCCGGCCGAAGGCAGCGGGCGGGCCAUGCCGGCGCAGGUGCCGGUGACGUUCGAGGACGUGGCGGUCUAUUUCUCCCCGGAGGAGUGGGCGGCGUUAGCAGAAUGGCAGAGGGAGCUGUACCGGGACGUGAUGAUGGAGAAUUACGAGCUGGUGGCAUCUUUGGGCUCCGUGGGCCCCAAGCCCAAGGCAUCAGCUAGAAAAGCAAAGCGAGAGAAGGCGCCAUAUGUCUGGGACCACCAGUACUCAAGAGCGAAAAUCCUGAUGCUUCCAGCACAGGGGAACGACACCCCUAACCAGGAGCCGGCGACCUUCGAGGAGGUGGCGGUCUAUCUCACCACCGAGGAGUGGAAGGAGCUGAAGGACUGGCAGCGGGAGCUGUAUCAGGACGUGAUGAAGGAGAAUUAUGAGCUGGUCACGUCUGUGGGAGGCACCGUGGUGAAACCGGAGAUUGUCUCUAGGCUAGAGCGUGGGGAAGAGCCAUACAACCCCAGAGAGACACAUGUUCCUGGUCCCCACGUCAUGGGUGGUGGGACCCGGGGGACUGAUGAGGAGGGGAUGCGUCGUGAGGAAGAGCCGGCAGAGCUGGACCCGAGCGAGACGCUAACGGAGCGAGACGCAGCGAGAGUUUCCCUGGGCUCGGCCGGGACCGGAGCCAGCGCGAGGCCUGGGGGGAACGGACACGAUGAACCCCCGUGGGGUGAGAGGCGGGUCAGGGACUCCCCAGCCAGCGCUGAGCCCCAGAGCAACGGGGCCCCAGAAAGACUCCGCCCAGCGCCCGAGAGUCAGGGGGCAGCCUGGGGACGGGAGCCGUGACUGUAACCCCCAGCACAGCGGGGCCGUGUGGGGGGAGCCCUGGGCAGCGGGGGAAGCCAACAGAGGAGCACGCCGCCCCCGGGGGCGGGAGGCCCUACAA